UACAGUCAGCUGGUUGCACAAUAAAUAAAUUAUGUUAAGAACGCGCAUUUUUCGCUUAAUACGUGAUCAACGUUUAAGCGUGCCAAUUUUACGUGGCUUUCAUCAUGAAUUCACCAAGCCAGAGCCGCAACCGUCAAAAGUAAAGAACGAACUCACUGAUAAGCAACAAAAACUCAGCUCGUCUUUUGUGACCGGCGGCGUGCAAGAUAAAUACAAAGUAUUCCGUGAUGAGGAGGCCACAGAGAUCUUUGAUGUCGAAGAGGCACGCUACCGGGAACGUGAGCUGGAAGUUGACACUGCAGAAGAUCAAUACAUGGGCCUGAAUUUAAAGCGCGGAGUUCAUGGCGUGUUUGAUGUGGAGGAUCUCGUGGAGUUGCUGCGCAAGGAGAAUGUCGAUGACAUAUUUGUGUGCUAUGUGCCCGAGGAGCUAAAGUAUGUGGAUCAUUUGGUUGUCUGCAGUGCACGUAGCUAUCGCCAUAUGUUGGCCACAGCAGGAUUUGUGCGUCGCAUGUUCAAAAUCAAGCGCUCUAAGGGUGACCUGUUGCCACGCAUUGAGGGCGAAAAGAGUCACGACUGGAUGGCCAUGGAUUUGGGCAACAUUGCGCUGCACAUUUUUUCACCCAAGGCACGCGAGGAAUACGAUUUGGAGUCCCUGUGGGCCAUUGGCUCCCAAUACGAUACAGAAAGUCAAAAGCCACAGCAACCCAUGGGCAACAUAUUUAUGGCUCCAUUGCCCAAGUCAGAACCGUAAAAUAAAACCCCACAAAUUUGUGCUUAAGGAGAG